AUGAAGCGAUACACGUUACCUCGUCCGACGGGCGACGUCCGACGAACAAUUGAACAAAUUGAUACAAAAACUGAAUGGCGCCGAGGUGUCCUGUUGAGCGUGAUUAAGCAAUCUGCCAUAUUGUUGUUACAUGUUGCGUCUGUUGUCGUUGUUCAAUCAUUAUUUAUAUGCGCAAGUGACAAACGAUCGGUGCUCGUGCCCCCGGGCCUGCGGGGCGAGGGGCGAGGGGCGGAGGGGUGCGCGGGGGUCGCGACCUGCCUCCUCGUGAAGAUUGAUGCGGACUUGCUCGAUACAGAUCUAGGAGUUUUUUGUCCGGCGAGUUCCCAGGCGGGCGCGCCGCCGCCGCGCCGCGGGGUGCCCGCGCUCAAUGCAUUCGUCUUACACUGUCACCAGGUUCACCAAAAUCACGUGAAACAAGUAUAA